UGUGUUACAGGUUACCUGAAAAGCCUUGGCGCAGACUUGGUGCUCGAUAUGACGGUGGCCGAGGACCUGUCUUUGUUGGAGGUUCAACAGGAGUUUGUACAGCGCUACCAAGAGCAACAGAACAAUCCUGCAGCUAAGCAUUUGCCAAUGCUUGCUAGUUCUUGUCCAGGUUGGGUGUGCUACGCAGAAAAAACACACGGCUCCUUCAUACUACCUUAUAUUUCGACUACAAAGUCGCCUCAACAAAUAAUGGGUUCAUUGGUCAAGCAGCAUCUCUCGAAGCUAAAAGAGGUGACGCCAGCCGAAAUAUACCACGUCACGUUUAUGCCGUGUUACGACAAGAAGCUAGAAGCGUCCAGGGAAGAUUUCUAUAGCGACAUUUUAAAUUGUCAUGACGUCGAUUGUGUUAUUACUGCCAUUGAACUAGAACAAAUGCUAGAAACCAACGGAAUACCACUCAGCGACAUGCCAAAUAUAGACCUGGACUGGCCUUGGAGCAGCGAAGGAUCGCCGAUGGUCAGAAGACACACAGGCUCAGGAUCAGGGGGAUACGCUGACCUCGUGUUUCUGUACGCGGCUGAACAGCUAUUUGGACAAAGUGAUGUGCCACUUGUUUAUAAGAAUCUCAGGAAUCCAGAUUUCAGAGAGGUAACACUAGUGAAAGACGGCAAAGAAGUAUUAAAGUUUGCAAUAGCGAACGGGUUCAGGAACAUUCAGAAUCUGGUGCAGAAAUUAAAGAGAGGAAAGUCGCUCUACCACUAUGUUGAGGUCAUGGCUUGCCCAUCAGGUUGCCUAAACGGGGGAGCUCAAAUACGACCAGUGUCAGGUGAAAGCAGUCGUGAAUUAGUCCAACAGCUUGAACAGCUGUACGCAGAGCUGCCCCAAGCGAUACCCACAGAGAACAAACUAGCUAACAAGCUUUACGCUGAUUGGCUGGAUGGAAAAGACUCGGACAAAGCUCACGCUGUUUUACACACGGGUUACCACGCAGUUGAAAAGACAGAUAUCGCUCUUAAUAUUAAGUGGUAAUAGAAAAACACAUCGAGUGUUUUAUGUGUGCACAAGACAAAGUGAUAAUCCAGUGUUAAGUAAUGUUUACGAAUAAUUUUUGAAAGUGAAAUUGCUCCACUAGUUUGUUAUAAUUAUUGAUACAAAGAUCGAACACUUAAGAAAAAUUCCUUCGAUAGCUGUAUUCGGACCAGCGCUUUCAAGCAUGCCGUGCCAGACGCUCUGCUAACCGAGCUACCAAACGAACCACCAGACCUUACGAAUUUUUCUGUGCUUAUUGCAGAUCUUUGUUUAUGGUUUUUCAACGCCUAUUUUGCAUUCUGUAAUCCAUAAUACCGCUGGUAGCUGUAAAGGUAAAUACAAAGACAAGACAAUAAGCACAUAGAACAAUUCUUGAGACCCGCUGGUUGGUUCCGUGGUUUAGUUGGUAUAGCGUCUGCCACGGUAUGCUAGAAUACGUCGGUUCGAAUCCGGCCGGAUCGAAAUAUUUUUUCUGAGUGUUCCUCCUAAAGUACCUAAAGGCACGGUAUGCUAGAUCAGGGUUUACAACCAAUGCGUCCUACCGGUCAUGACUUACGGAGCCGAGACGUGGAAUAUGACUGUAAAACUGGCUCACGGACUACACGUCGCUCAGCGAGCUAUGGAAAGGUCCAUGUUGGGUAUCUCGUUAAAGGACAAAAUCCGAAGUUAUAAGACUAAAGUUGUGGACAUCGUCCAGAAAUGUAGCAAGCUCAAGUGGCAGUGUGCUGGCCACAUCUGUCGCAGAACCGAUG